AUGGGUUACAUGCAAGUAUCAGAGUUAUAUUACAGUGUUCAACAUGUAUUACACAAGUUGUAUGAUGAUAAAGAAGCUAUGACCAUGCUGAAGGUGGCUCAUUAUUUAGGAAAAGUUAAUCUCUUUAUUGUUCAUGGGGUGGACAAUCCAAAGGUAGUAGAAAACGAUGUGAAUGAUGUGUUGUACUUAUGUGAAGGACCAGCAGAUAGUGGUGAGGGUAGUGGGGUUGGGGACGAGGAAGUGCAACAACAUAAGGCUAUUGAGGAUGGAUUGGAUGUUGAUAAUGAGGGUGGAGCUGAGGUUGAGAAUGAGUGUGAAGGUCGAGAUGAUGUUGAGAAAGAAGAAGUGNCAGUUGACAGUGAUGUUCAUAUGGAAGGAGCAGUGGAGGUUGAAAAUGAGGGUGGAGCUGAGGUUCAUAUUGAGGGUGUUGGUGUUGAAGCACCAUUUCAGGUUGAGAAUGAGUGUGAAGGUCGAGAUGAGGUUGAGAAAGAAGAAGUGCUAGUUGAGAAUGACUGUGUUGAGGGUCGAGUUGAGGUUGUAAAUGAAGAAGUGGUACAUGACAGUGAUGUUGGAGUUGAUGUUCAAAGUCAAGAACAAGUUCACAGUGCAGAAGAAGAAGUUCAGAUUGAAAAAGUAGGAGGUCAUACUGAUGAAGAAGAAGAAGUUCAGAUUGAAGAAGCAGCAGUUCAGACUGAUGAAGAAGAAGUGGAAGACGACAGUGAGGAUGAACCAGGAAUAGAGGAUUUGAGUGGUGAUGAGUACGUGGUUGAACACAGUGAUGAUGAAGCACAACCAAUUGGAAGGGGGUUGUCAGAUGGUGAAUGA